CCUCAAGCUCUGGCUCGCGCACACGAUGCGAAAGCGUUGUCAAUUCUGCGCAACCAUGGCUUUUCACCUCUUCUAGUUGUUUUGUUUCACUUGCUACUCUAUGUUGGACGCGCUUGCUGGUCAAGCGCGUCAACUUUUGCUACAAAAUUAAAAGAUGAACACUUGACUUCCAAUUGUACUCGCAUAUGUUAUGAACAACAGCUACGACGCUAGCACGCCAUGCAGCAAUCUACUCUUGUUGAUGCUGCAAGCAUAUGUUAUUCAGUGCAAAUGCUAUUGAUUUCGCACACCAAGAGGGCACUGGCCUUGAUAAUAUUUCCCCAGGCAUGGGAGGAGUGGUAUUGGUGGUUGUCAUUUCAAUAAGGUCACAAGGCUAUAAUAUGACGUGAAAUC